AUGUCCACGACAACGACCGCGGUCGUGGACCUCUGCAAAGAUGCCGACAAGUUUAAGCCCUUGCAGCCAUACCUGAGCUUCUACCGCAUGGCAGACUUUGCCUUCGCUGGUCCUGAAACGCUGGCGGAACCAUUCCCGCGAAACACGCAUCUGCGCAAGCUGGCUCGGCUGUUCUUCUUCCAACAUUCUGAGGAGGGAGAUGAGCCAGUUGACAUUGAUACGCACCAAGGGCGAGGGCAAGUGCUCGCACCAACCAAGACGUUGGCCAAGUGGAACACGCUCGACUUGUCAAGCCGCUACACAUCAUCGAAGAUCAACCUCACCGGAGAGAAGCAAAUCUCUUCUCUCAAGGAUGACAUUGUGGGCUGGCUGCAGGACAUCCCCGACAAGAGCGUCAGGUGCUUGAACCUCGCGUUCUGCAAUCUUCUCGACGGCGACCUGACAUACGUGGCUGAAGCGGCCGAGCUGUUGCAAGACAAAGGCAAGGUGCACGAUAAUGGCCUCGUCGUCACACUUCGAGGGUCUCGCUUCCACGACGACUUUGAUGGGCUCAAGCAACUUCUCCACCACUGCCGCCUCGUGGACAUCUGCACCACACCCAUGGCCUCCAUCGACAACAAGGGCAAGCUCAAAGAUCUGCACACCACGGGCGUGCUCGACAAGGUACUCUUCAUACCACUGCACUUUCGCCUUGACGCCGCGCUCCUGGACACAUUCGGCCCCGAAGGUUUGCAAGGCAGUGGCAUUGAAGCGGCAGCAGACGCAGCCAGGAAUGAGGCGAGAAAGCUCCGUCCUCCUCCUCACGAUCGCACAGCCGCCAAGCUCUACCGCGACGACCUUUAUCAACGACUGGAGGAUGUUCGCGCUGAAGUACUCACGCAGCAGGAGAAGAUGAACAAUGGCAGUGGCAUGCAAAGACAGCACGCAGUUAUGCGGGACUUGCUGCUGCGGCUUGCAUCCGAGCACCUUGGCACCACAGUGGACACACAGGGCAUGUCGUCCGUCGCCGAUCUGGUCCGUUUGCUGGCAACGAUGAGGGCUGACGAAGGCUGA